GGCGCGUGGGGCCUCAGCCCGGGGUCUGCUUCCCGCGGCCGGGGCCAGAGUGGUGCGGACCCGAGUCUCUGAGGAAGUUGGCCGGGGCGGCGGAUGCCGCAGCCCCGGCUCUGCGCACCCCCCUCCCCCGCGUCCUGUCCCGGCGUCUUCCGCGCACAGGUCCCUGCCGCUCUCUGAGCCCCCUGCCCCGGGAGCUGCGCGUCCUCUAGCCGCGACUCCAGGCCCGGCCGUGCGCGGGGGCCAAGCAGCCGCGGGACUUGCAGUUUGAGGAGUCGGCGGGCCCCGGAGACGCCCCCGGCCUGGAAAACUUGGACCGAGACCAGGAACGGGUGCGGGACGGGACGGCUGCGGCGCGGGGCGGCCGGACGGGGGGGAGCUCUGAACGGUGUCAGCCCGUGACUGUGGGUGACACGGCGCGUGAGGCGGCCCAGCCCGGGAGAACGUGUGGCCGGGACACUGGGCAGUGACGCCGGGACCAAGCGGGAGACACAGAGGGGCUCUGUGUAUCUCUGACAGGCCGAGUGAGUGCGUGUGAUUGUGUGAGAGAGACCCCAGGUCCUUGCGGGUGACCGUGACCCCAGCUUACUGUGAGACCCCGGUCACUGGGGUCACUGAGAGUGUAUGUGGCCUGGAACGAGACCAGGGCAGGGCCAGAGUGACUCCCUAAUGUGAGUGUGAAACAGAGAGGAACCCUAACUGAUUUGGAGAACCAACCUCCAAAUCACUGGGGCCGUAGUGUGCUCGUGGGGCCAAGUAGUGUGUGUGUGUGUGUGUGUGUGUGUGUGUGUGUAUGUGUGUGUGUGGUGUGUGUGUCCAAGCCUCAGGAGAAUGAGUAAGAGGCAGAAAGAGGAGGGACCUCAACCACCUGCCGUACAAAGAGGGAAGGGGAGGAGGGGAGGCCAGGGGCGGCUCCAGAGCUGUUCCUAAGAGGGUGCCUCUCAACAUCUCAAUUUAGUCAGCCGGGAGGACCCUGAGUGACUUACUCUGGCAGAGGGAGAGGAGGCCAAGGCUGGGUGACAUCUGCUGAGAUGACUGACACUUCUGGCAGCAGCUGAGGGGCGCUGAGGUAGCCUCAGGCUCCACCUCCCAAACACACUCACACACCGAGGUCCCAGAUGCCUGGCAAAGCUUUGUCCCCAGUAACCUGUAUUCUCACUGGGCCUAUCUUCCUCUCAGACCCUGCCCCCACUGGGCCUCAGUCUCCCUUUCUGCACACUGAGGUGUUGGGCUGUGAAUGGACUGUGAAUCAUCACUUUGGGAUCCUCUAUUGUUUUUGGGUCAACCGCCUCUGUUCUCCCCUCCCUCCCUCCAGGCAGAAAGACUGCAGUGGGGGGUGGGGGCAGGUUGGCUGCUGGGGACACAAUGGCCCAGGGGCUGCUGGCGACAGGGAUGGAAGUACAGCUUCUCUGACAAAGCCCAGAAUUCCGAUCCAUAGACAUUGACCUCUGUGGCCCCGGUCUCCUUCAUUUCCCUUUGUUGGGGGAGAGGGGGCAUGGAGUUGUUCCCCACGAGUGGUCUCUGAUCUGGAGAGCUGAAGCACCAUCUGGGCUACCCUCUGAGGCCCCCACCCCCCACAAGAGGGUCUGUUGGGUCCAUACAGGGCAGAAUGGAAAUUGGGCUCUCUAGACCAGGAGGGGUGAGGAGGUAUCUGCUAAAGGAUCUGGAAGUUCUGUCCUGCUCUGAAAAUGUUGGUCGCAUUCUGUGUUGGGGCUGAGGGCAGGGGGACAGUACCAGGUGCUAUGCUGAACACUUUGUGGUGUACUCUUGUUGAAUCCUCGCAGUGGUUCUGAGAUAGGACUAUUUUUCAGAGAAGGAAACUGAGGCUCAGAGAAGCAAAGUGACUUGCCCAAGGUCAUGCUGAGUCCGGACACUGCCAGGACUGGAAUUCAGGUCUUCUGCCUCUGAAACCCUGUGAGAUGCUUGGAGAGGGCCACCUAUCUUUCGAAUAUCUGUUCAUGGCUUAUGUAGGCUUCCCUCUCUCAAACCCGGACUGGCAAGCAUGGCCUUGCCAGAGUGUGCCUUUGUGAGUUCUGAGGGUAGUGUGUAUUUGUACACGUGUCUGUGUGGGUGGGUAAGUUAUGUGGUCUUCCUGUUCCUCCUCUUCCCUUCCCCCAGCUCUCACCCCUAGCGGGAGGUCACCAGAGAGGCCUGUCUCUUGCCUUUUAGAGUCUGCAACUGGCUUUGGGAGCAUCCACACAGCUACAAAAAGUGUCAGGAGUCAGCAGCACAGCCCAGGCUCCAGGGGUGGCAAGGAUAACUGAGAGUCCCAGCUGACCUUCACCAUACCGGAGAGGCUCUGUUCCGCUAUUUAGAGUUGCUCUGGGCGUAUUUUCCCAAAUCUACCCACAAGCUGUGGUGUGGGGGCAGGCUGGGGGUGACCUGGGGUUGCCCCACCCUCUCGGUCCUUCAGUCUCCCCAUUCUUCCCAGAGGCCCCGCAAGUUCUGACCACUGCUGCCACUGGGCCGAGGGCUGUUGCUGGGGGGUCAGGGUGUCUUUUGGUCCUCCCUGGAAUGACUGGGGCUGUGCUUCUUGGGGCUGAUCAGAAUAGCUGUCUUGGUCUCCUGGGGCUGAGCCUGAGUUAUUUCUAUCCCCAGCAAACAGGGAAAGAGCUCUGGGCCCGGGGCGGGGGGAGGAAGAGGGGAAGGGAUAGCCUCCUCUUCUCAUCCUAGCCCUGGUGGAGGCCCUCCCAGUCCUACCCUGUGCCCUGCCCAGGCUAAAGCUUUCUGGGAACUUGGACCUCCCAGAAUGACAGUGGGGCCAGGGUGGGUUUCCACAUAUGGCCCCAGUUGGGACUGACGGGAUAGCUGCUGGAGGGAGGUACCUAUGUUUGGCCAAGGAGGGGAGACGUUGAGGGGCAGUCAUCACUCCACGCCUGCUCAUAGAGUCAGCCUCAUUUUACAGAGGGAGAGACUGAGGUUUGAGAAGUGCUGGGACUUACCCAAGGCGUCCAGAAACCUGGUAUUCUACCCUCCAAACAGGGUACCUUUCUUCCUUCUGUCCUGCCACAUGUUCCCCGGCAGACUGGACGUGGCCCAAGACUGGAAGCAGACUCCAGACACACCUUCACAAAAUCAGGCCUCCCUCUGUUGUUCCACUCUGGCCUUGCUGUCCUGCCCCAGACUCCCGUACUGGCCUCUCUGCCUCCAUUUCCAGUUCUUCCACGCACUGUCAGAUCAUCCUCCCUAAGGCAACUUACUUUUUUUUGCCUGCAUAACAUAGUCCAGACUCCUCAUCUGAGCAUCAGCACUUUUCCUUCGAAGACCUUCUGAACUUUACGUCUUCACCUUCAUCUCUCCCUGCCGUGUGCCUUGGUUCGAGUCUGCCUUUGCUCUUGCUGUCUCCCCUUUCUGGAACCCUCCUGGCCAUUCAGGGUACAGCUUCCCCUCACCCAGGAAGCCCUCCCAGCCCAAUGUUAGCCCCUCUCCAUUGUUGUGGUCCACCUGUCAGGUGUCCCCCCCUCCUGUCCCCUCACCUUUGGGAAUGGGCACAGGUGUGGGACACUCAUGGGCACUACAUACCCGGCUGGGAAGGGCAGGCCUGGUCAGCAGCCUGCCCUGUCUUGCCAUAUUGGUGCCAUAUCGGUGCCGGCCAGGCCUCUUCCUGAGGAACGACAGCCACUGUAGGCUGAGGGCCUAUUGUGUGCUGGGGGGCUUAGAGGUGAAGACCCAUGACCAUCCUUUUUUGAAGGGGAACAUCUGGUGUCUGGGCCCUCCUCAGACAAGGCUCUCAUUCAGGGCCAGCACAUUCCCUGCUGUUUGCCAGGCCCUGGGCUCAGGUCUCAACCGUACUGACAGAGGAUCUUAUUCCUUCCCAGGCUGCUUACUGGGGAGCUGAAACUCAAAGGGCAGAAGGGACCAGUGCUAGUUUGAGUCACACAACCGUGGUGCUGGAGUCUGGUGCCCAAGCUCUUACCCAGCCCUGUCUCCCAAGUGGAGGCAAGGUUUGUCUGGCAUCCGUUUCCACAGAAAGAUCAUGCUGGCUACCUGCAUUGGGAGGAGGAAGUAGUGGGGCUGUUCAGCACCUGGCCUGGCUGGAUAAGGCCAGACCCCCUUUGUUAUGGGGCUGGCCCUUCUGCCUGGUGGGUGGGAGGGGUGCACCAGAGAGGGCGGGGUUUUGCCUGAGGUCAGCCAGCGGGGCCCAUCUCGCCCCACCCCCACUCAGGAUUGAGUGUUGCUGGGACCGGUCUCUGGCAGAGCUCAGUACCCAUUCUUUGCGGAGGCCCUGGGUGACUGGGCCUGGCCCUAGUGCCACUGGCUGGGGCUGGGGUUGCAAGGAGGACAGGAGGGACCCAGGGCUGCAUCCCUACUGUGUGCUCAGCCCUGGGAUUAGGACCCCAAGGCUCUCACAUCUUUAGCUUUAUGCCCUGAGGGUCAGCAGUCCCUUCUAGGUAUAGGUAGGGAAAAGAGGGCCCCGAGAGGGGAAGGGACUUGCAAGACCCUAGUGUAACUGGGAUCUUAACCCAGGUCUGUUUGCCUGGAAAGCCAUCCUGGGAAAGAUGAGAGCUCUAUAAAUAAACUGCCCAUGUGGCUGUGAGUGUGUGCCCUGGCUACUUGGCACAGAGAGAGGGAUGGAGGGGCCUCUGCAGCCAGUUAGAAGCGGGGUCUGAGUGUGUGGGUGGGAGAAGGAAGGAGGGAUCUAAACUUGGAUCUGCAUAUUGUAGUCACCGUGAGAAGGAGCAAUGAGCUCAGGGAGUGGCCUGGUGCCCCUAUGUGCCCACCAGCCUGCCUGCUUGCCUGCCUGCCUUCCCUCCCUCCCUCCUUCCCUCCAGGGAGAUCACAGGUGGCUGAAGGGGUCAGGAGAGGGGAGGGUCCACCCAGACAGGGAGGCUGGGAAGGCUUCCUGCAGGAGGUGGCACCUAGGCUGAAGCCUGAUUGUAAGAAGAGCCACUGUUGUCCUGUGAACUCUGGAUCCUCCAGCCACACCAGGAGGUCAGCUGAAGAAACACAACUAUCCCAAAUUACAGAGGAGGAAACUGAAGCUUGGGGUUGUGGGGCUGGGUCCUGACUGCUCAGCACCCUUCCACCUUCCUGAUUGUGGCUUUAGCUGGCAUGGGAGCAGGUGGAUACAGGCCUGGUAUAGCAGCUGGGAAGUGGGCACCCACGGGCUUCCCUGGGAGGCCAAGGCUCCUUUGUCCAUGCUGCUGGGACUGAUGCUUGGUUCCCCAAAGCACCCUUGCUUGCUCCAAAGCCACUGGAUGACCUUGGCUGGAUGCUGCUUAAUUCUGAGCCUGGCUCCUCCUCUGGCCCUUGUGGGUUGUGGUGAGAACUGAUCCUCAGGAGAGGUUUGGUCAGGCCAGGCCCUGGUCAGCCCUGUUUACAGUGGCUCCACUUAUCCCUGCAGCAUCCCCAGAGACAGGGACCAGAGCCCUUGUUUGCAGAGGAGACCCCGAAAGCUCAGGGAGGGCUGGUGACUCCUGGGGCCCGAGGAUGAAGCUGAGCCUGCCACACUGGCCCUUGUCCUGCCUUUUUGUGCUGCUGCGCUGGCCUCUGGCCACUCCAACAUCAAGGACCCUUUGGCGGUGCCCACCUGGGGAGGAGCCCAGCCUGGACCUGGGGCAGGGCACAUUAUGCAGGUCCUGUCCCCCCGGCACUUUCUCUGCUUCAUGGGGCCCUGGCCCGUGCCAGCCCCACGCUCGCUGCAGCCCUCGAGGGAGGCUGGAGGCCCAGGCAGGCACAGCGACUCGAGACACCCUAUGUGGAGACUGCCAGCCUGGGUGGUUUGCCGCUUCAGGGGUCCCCCUUGUCUCCUGUCAGCCAUGCUCCUGGACACCUCUGGGUACUCGCAGCUGUUAUGAGCGGGGACGACGGGCCCGACGUGGUGUGGAGGUGGCAGCAGGGGCCAGCAGCGCUGGGGAUACGCGGCAGCUUGGGAAUGGCACGCGGGCAGGUGGCCCUGAGGAGACAGCUGCCCAGUAUGCGGUUAUUGCCAUCGUACCUGUCUUCUGCCUCAUGGGGCUGCUGGGCAUCCUGGUGUGCAACCUGCUCAAGCGGAAAGGCUACCACUGCACGGCCCACAAGGAGGUUGGGCCCGGCCCUGGAGGUGGAGGCAGCGGGAUCAACCCCGCCUACCGGGCUGAGGACGCCAAUGAGGACACCAUUGGGGUCCUAGUACGCCUGAUCACUGAGAAGAAAGAGAAUGCCGCGGCCCUGGAGGAGCUGCUGAAGGAGUAUCACAGCAAACAGCUGGUGCAGACCAGCCACAGGCCCGUACCCAGGCUGCCGCCGGGUCCCCCCAGCAUGCCACACGUCUGCCCACAUCGUCAUCACCUCCACACAGUGCAGGGCCUGGCUUCACUCUCUGGCCCCUGCUGCUCCCGCUGCAGCCAGAAGAAGUGGCCUGAGGUGCUGCUGUCCCCUGAGGCCGCAGCUGCCACUACUCCUACUCCCAGACUCCUGCCCAACCCGGCCAGGGCACCCAAGGCUGGGGCCAAGGCAGGACGCCAGGGCGAGAUCACCAUCUUGUCUGUGGGCAGGUUCCGAGUGGCCCGAAUUCCUGAGCAACGGUCAAGUUCAGCGGCCUCUGAAGUGAAGACUGUCACAGAGGCUGGGCCCUCAGGGGGUGCUCUCCCUGGCUCCCCACAACCUGGCCUCCCCAAUGAGCAGCAGGCACUGCUGGGAAGUGGCGGAAGCCAUACUAAGUGGCUGAAGCCCCCAGCAGAGAACAAGGCUGAGGAGAACCGCUAUGUGGUCCGGCUAAAUGAGAGCAACCUGGUCAUCUGAUGGUCUAUCUCAUCUGAGAACAUGGCAGCCCUGCCCUGGGAGGUUCCGAAGGCUUCCUGGAGGAGGUAGAGCUGCAGCUGGGCGUGUGAGGACCAAGAAGCAAUGGCCCAGCAGACAGAACAGCAAAGGCCAAGGCCUGGAGGUGGGAGCCGUCCGCCCCAGUGAGGAGGCAGGCCAGCUGGCGGGUGCUGUGUGCAGGAGCAGGUUGAGAGCCCCUCCCCUGUCCCUGCCACCCAGUUUUUUCUCUGAAGGAUGCCCUGUGCCCUAGCCUGGCCAGAUCCUGGGACCCUGCAGGAUCCUCUGUACCACUAAGUGGCAAGGCCUUGGCCUGGUGGGGAGGGGCCCUCUGCCUGGCGCUCCUGGCCCCACACCUUGGUAAUUAGCUGCCCUUGCCUCUGUACGGGGCCCUAGUACGGACCUCUCCCGCCUCUUCUAGUGGGCCCUGUAAAGGGAAGGAGCAACAAAAAGCCAUGGGCUGGAGACUUGAGUUCCCAGGCUCUAACCAUGGGCAAGUCCCUGGCCAUCACCUGGUUAUAAUUCUUCUGACCAUGAAGUGGGAAAAGAAAGGCAUCUCAGGGCUCAGGGCUUCUCCAGUUACUUGGCAGGUUCUGGCCCGGGUCAUGUGAGGGGAGAGCCUGACUCCUUGCCACCCCUCCCAUUAGUAGCUUUAUCUGGCCCCAUUUUUGCGGCUUCUAAGGCCUCUGCCUUCAGGCCCCCAUGGGGCGGCCCAUCCCUGGCUCUGUCUAUAAGAAGGGGCUUAAUGCAUGUAUCUGCUCCCCACCCUGCUGUUUUUAUUGAAAUUGGUACCACAGUCUUGACCUGGGCAGGGCUGUAGUACAAGGUGCCAGCCUGCAUAGCCACCCCAAGAUCUCAGGAGCUUUUGGGGAGAGGCGUGGGUGAGGGGCUGGUAAGGUGCCCCUGGCCUCAGUGGUUUGUGUGUCCCUGUGGUGUUGGUGUCUGUCCCCCAGCCUGGGCAGUGCGGGCGACUGCCCAGCCCAGUCCCUAUGUCCACUCUGGCUCAGCAACCUGGUUAUUUAUGUGGGGUCGUGCAGGCAUGGGCCCCACUGCCAUCCCUGUUUCUCUUAUUUAUUGAAACUUUGCUGUUGUCCUGUCUUUGUCUCUAUUCCCAUCCAUUUAUUGGAUAAUAAAAGGUGGGAAAGUCGUGUCA